GGUUUGCAAUGGCAAACCGAUUUUGCAAGCGGUCGAAUAUCUGACACGGUGCUGUGUGCGAUCCGUAUCCUCUAGCGGCCCUGCCCGCCCGCGUAGCCUGUCAUAUCGGCAGAGGAUCAAGAGCAGAGCGAGUCAUGAGGAGGUACCAUUCAUCAGGUGCGAUGUGGCAAGAAAUGGUUGCCCUGUCGUCUGCCUACUACUACGUCACGAGGAAAGGCGAGGGGGGGGGGAUGGGGGGGGGGGGGGGGGGGGGGGGGGGGGGGGAACUCCAGGAGCAGCAGGGUUGUCGGCGGCAGCAAAGACAGCAAGGGGGAUUAUCGUUGACGUCAGCACGAUGAAGAGGCGUCUAUCCCACGUGUUUACUCGGGGGCUGGAUGGCGUCAUGCAUCAUGGACUGCGUGAAGGGGGCGAGUCCCUAUCCCGACCAGGUCUCGAUGAAAGCCCCCCAUCAAAUGGUCUUGUCGAGAAGGCGCGGGAGGAGCAGCAGCAGCAGCAGGAGGAGGAGGAGGAGGAGGAGGAGAGGGGAGGGAGGCCGAACAACAGGAGGAAGGUUUUGCCUCCGCUUGCGGCUUUGAGAAGCGUACGGAUUGGGGAGUGGCUGCCGUUUAACAAGGUAUGGGAUGCGUUGAAGGUCACAGGAGCAGGAAGGGGAGGAGGAGGGAGAGGGGGAGGGGGAGGGGGAGGAGGAGUAGGAGGAGCAGUCGGAGGAAGAGGAGAAGGGGAAGACGAGGAUAUAUGGGUGAGGGGUAAGGGUGCAAAGGAAGGGAGGAGGGAGGUGGGAAUGGGUGGAGAGGACGAGGAUGAUGAGAGAGGGAAAGCUAGACGUGGCAACGAUCCAAACACAAGAGAAGAAAGAGAGGAGAAGAGAGAGCUAAAGCGGGAGGAGGUUAGCAAGACGAGCGAAUGGGGCCAAGACGUUGUCCGCUGGGUGUCUUCCUCAACUCCAUCUUCCUUUGGCUUGCAAACGCUGUCUGAUCUGUUUUCGGAAUCUGCACUAAGUCUUUACAAGAAGGUGUUUCCUAAAGGUCAAGCUAGUACGUCAGUUUUUCUGCCAGCAAGUUGGAGGUCCCUUGUGGAUAUCGCAACCAGCAUGAGACAGGCCACGUCUGGGAUGGACGGGUGGAGUUUGUCGGACCUGACGUUGGGGCUUUAUGUGCUGUCUGUCAAACACGCUGCGGAGGGCGCUGUCGACCUGAUCGGGACCCAGACCGUCACUGACCGCGGGCUGAUCAAGGGUCUUGUAUAUCAUAUGGAGCUUGCAAGAGGGGCAUAUCAGAAAGAUUCCCGGGGCUUAGCGCGCAUGUCAAUGCUGCGGCGGAGCCGAAUUCUUAAAUUCGUGAGCAAGGGUUACAAUCUGCGACUAGUAGGCCACUCGCUUGGAGGCGCGACUGCAUGUCUGAUAACGAUGAUUCUUCGCAAGAAUGAGAGCAUGCAUCGUAUACCAAAAGAGGCAAUCUCAUGCAUCAGUUUCGCCACACCCCCUUGUGUUCCCAGGGAGGCGGCGAUUGAAUGUGCCGACUACAUCACAACCAUUGUGCUUCAGGACGAUGUGAUUCCAAGGAUGAGCGUUCAGGCAUUUGAGAGGCUGAGGGCUGAAAUUUUGUUGACUGAUUGGAGUGCAAUUCUGAAGGAGGGAGCAAAGAGGGUUGAAUAUCUCAGGUUGGUGGCAAAGACCAUAGAGUCUGUGCAGCCGACGUUGACAACAACACUUUCAACACUUUCAAGCGUGCAGCAGACGGCUUGGAAAUAUGCAUCGAAGGCCAGACUUCCUGGCAUCCCAGGGACAGAGAUGGCUUUGAGUGCAUCGAAGUCAGAGCUGAUCGCGAAACUAACGUCAGGAGGUUCUGCGGCGAGAGAAGCAGCCCUCGGGGCACUGCGAAAGGCCGGAGUUUUGUCAUCAGGACCAUCUGGACAUCCGCAGCCAAGCAUUGAGAACGGUUCCAAUCAUACUGCUGGGAAAGGGGAAAGGGAAGGUCCGCAACAAGCCAGCCACCCCAUGCACCAGCAGGACAUGUCGGCAGGAGAGAAAAGCCCUGGUGCAGUUAAAGAGUCAGCUAUGGCAGCCAUAGAUGCAGACUUGCAUGUGCCCGGUCAACUAGUCCAUCUGGUAAGGAGAACGGGCUCAGGGGAGCGAACAGGUACGACCGAAGGCGGCAAGAAUAUUCCACAUAUGGAAGGUGGAAACAGUAUUCCAAAUGAAGGCAAUGGGAUGGAUACGGACGUCGUGAAGAUCUUUAUAGGCCCCGUUGAGAAUCGAUUUGCCAGAAUUAUUUUGUCAGACACAAUGGUGUCUGAUCACAGGUGUUCGAACUACUGGUCCGCUCUACGGGACGCGCUGAAGACCACCUAGAUGUGUUUUGAACAGCCACCCUACUCUCGCUUGCACCGCUGAGGAUAAACCAGUUUCUGCACA